AUGGACGCUAAAGGCUCAUUUUCCCGUGGCUUCCUCUUGCUGCUGCUCAUCCAAUUCCAGUCCAGCAGAGCCAGCCCUAUCUACAACCUCAGCCCUGCCAAAGAACUGGCCAGCAUGGAGGCUCUGCUGGAGAAACUGGAGGAUAAGUUUGCAAUGAUUGAAGCCCUGGAGUCCAAUUCUGACCUGCAAGAACCCAAAACCCAGGAGGAGAUCCCACCGGAACUCACAGACGACAGUGAUGACCAGAAGGCUGAACCCAGGCUAGCACCCAGCACCCCUCUGUCCUACAAGGACCCCUUUCUCAAGAGACUGAGGGGGCUCCAGAUGCCCAGGAUGAUGAGAAAUUCUGGCUGCUUUGGGAGGAGAAUUGAUAGAAUCGGCUCCCUGAGUGGAAUGGGUUGCAACGGUUCCAGGAAGAAUUAG